UUGAAAGCAAAAUACGUGUUCUGUUGAAAACAACAACUAGAAACAUAAAAAAUAUAGUUAUUUUCAUACCAUAAUUAUGGCGGAAACAGUUGAAACAGUUUUGGGUCCUGUGUCCCCCGAGUCCUUAGGCCGGACACUGACUCACGAACACUUUGCACUUGAUUUUAAUAAAUUUUACACACCACCACCUAAUCACUUGGCCGACAAGUUUAUUGAUGACAUAACACUUGGAAAUGUCGGAUUUAAACAAUAUCCCUACAGCAGCAAAUACAAUCUGACAUUUUAUGACCAACAGACGUUGAACGCCGUUUGUAGCGACAUCAAAAACUACAAAAAACAUGGAGGAGGUGCUAUUGUGGAAAAUACUUCUAUAGGAUUAAAUAGAAAUUUAGGUUUUAUGAAAGAAGUAUCCUUAAACACUGGAGUACAUGUGGUGGCAGGUACUGGUUACUAUGUAUCAGCUGUACAAACCCAGAGUACUCUGGAAAUGUCUAAGGAAAACAUGUAUGAUCAGAUUUUAUCUGAUUUAACAACUGGCGAAUCUGGAGUCAAAUGUGGAUUUAUUGGAGAAGUUGGAAGCUCAUGGCCAAUUGACGAUUUCGAAAAGAGAUCAAUUGAGGCAACAGCUCUGGCUCAAGAAUCUAUGCACUGUGCUGUUAGUUUUCAUCCGGGUCGAAAUCGAGAAGCACCAUUUGAAAUUAUGAGAAUUUUUAUGGAAGCUGGUGGAAAUGCUCAUAAAACCAUUAUGUCGCAUUUAGACCGUACUUUACUGAAUACAGAAGAUCUCUUACAAUUUAGCGAUUUGGGAUGCUAUUGCCAGUUUGAUUUAUUUGGUACAGAGUGUUCAUUCUACCAAUUAGCACCAAUGUGUGAUAUGCCUUCCGAUGCUCAAAGAGUUGACAAAAUAUUGAAAUUGAUAGAACAUGGGAAGACUGACAAAAUACUAAUGUCACACGAUGUUCAUACUAAACAUAGACUGGAAGACUUUGGUGGUCAUGGAUACAGCCACAUCAUGAACAAUGUUUAUCCUAAAAUGCUAAUUAAAGGAAUCAGUCAAGAAAUCAUAGACCAAAUAACUAUAACCAAUCCCCAUACUUGGCUCAAGAAAUAAAACACAAGAAUUUAAAAUUUUCAGAUAUGCAGCCUGAAAUUGUCAGUGUUAUCACAGCAUAUGUAUUUAAAAUAGUUUUAGCAUAAUUGGUAUAGUAAUAGAUUUAUAUAAAAAUAGUCAACUCGAUAAA